CACGCUUGGUUUGCUGGAGAAUCAUCACAUCCCAACAUCAUCGGGAUCCAUCUUUUCCACGCCAUGGGUGCUCAGCUAUGUGGAGAAGCACAGGCAAGGACGCCCCAUGAUGCUGCCAGAUUGAAAGAGCUAGCGGCUAAGAGCUCCAAGAGAGUGGAUGAUAGUGGAUGGUCUUCUUUCCCUCCCUGCCAUCGCCAAGGAGUGGACUGUGGUCCUCAAAAAGCAUCCCGGAGCAUCUUUGGGAAUGGAUGUGGAUAUGUGUGACGCCUCAUCCUUGAUCGUCUAUGUCGUUUGUGAGACUGGGCUGGUGGCUGAUUGGAAUCAGGCGAACCCUGCGAAGUCUGUGCAGAAAGGAGAUCGCAUCAUUGAAGUGAACCAGAAGAAGGGAGACGCCUGGGCCCUGGCCCACGAGUGCAUUGAUAGUCCUGAGCUUCGAAUGCAAGUUCAGCGAAGUGAAGGCUGCAUCUUGAAGCUUUGAAUUCCGGAUUCCUGACCCCACCAUCCAUGG